AUGGGCAAUAUUAUUCUUGAUUAACCUAUUCUAAGUAAGAAUACAAGUAUAAAAGAAGGGAAAACUUUAAUGUACGCUACAUCAGAAAUGCAAGGUAAAAUAUUUAGUCUAAUGAUAUAGGCUGGAGAGCAUUCAUGGAAGAUGUUCAUAUACAUGUAUGUGACUGUGCUCCUUAUGUUUCUAUCUUUGGUGUAUUUGAUGGUCAUGGAAGCAGUGUUGUGGCUCGUUUCAUACAAAAACAUUUUAUUGAAGAACUUUAGAAAAAUAAGAAUUUUAGGGAUCAAAACUAUGAAGAAGCAUUAAAAGAGAAUUUUUUAAAAAUGGACGAAUUAAUAUUUUCUCCAUAAGGUCAAAAGGAAAUCCAAGAAAUGAAACUAGAAAAUGAUGAUAGUAUUUAACAUUCAAAUUAUUUAAAAAGUCACUUUUGCUGGAAGUACAGCCAAUGUGGCUUUAUUCCAUAAAAAUAUACUAUAUGUUGCUAAUGCUGGUGAUUCCAGGUCUGUUUUAUGUAGAAAUAAUACUAAUUAUGACAUGAGUGUUGAUCAUCUACCAGAUAAUUAUGAAGAAAAAUAAAGAAUUGAAAGAGCUGGAGGAUUUGUAUCUGAUGGAAGAAUCAAUGGUAUUGCUUUGAAAAAAAUUAGGUAAUAUUAAUAUAUCCAGAGGAAUAGGGGAUAUUGAAUAUAAAAAAGUUAAUAAAUUAAGAUCAAAUGAAUAAAUGAUCAUAGCUGUCCCAGAUAUCAAAAAAGUAGAAUUAACACCAAAUGAUAAGUAUUUAAUACAUUAUUAUUAGAUUUCUUUUAAUGGGAUGUAAUGGUAUUUUUGAGACUCUUGAUCACGCUAAUUUAAUCAAGUUAAUCAAUUCAAAACUUGGAAAUCAGCCAGUUACUCCUUAAUUAUUAGGAAAAGUAGCUGAAGAUUUAUUAGAUCAUUUAAUUGCUCCAGAUACCUCUGGUAUUUAUUAAUUAUUAAUUUAGCUGGAACUGGAUGUGACAAUAUGACAGUUUUGAUUAUUUAUUUUAAAUGA